AUGCAUUCUCAAUUGGACGUAGGUGCAUGGAAAAUGUUUGGCAGCCUCUUCUCCAAUCGAUAUAAUAAGAAACGCGAAAUUUUCUAUGCUCAAUAUGAGGAGACACGUCAGCGUUAUUCCAAUCUGCCCAUCUACAAGCGACCUAAAGAGCCUUUAAGCCGUAAGUCUCCAAAAUAUAGCCGCAGAAAAAGAAAACCCGCAGACUACGAUUAUGAUGAGUGGAUUGCCGGCCAUUUUGUUCCAAUAGUGGUGCGUCGCGCCAUUGAACAGUGGAGCCGCCGGCAAUUGAUGGAGCCCGUAUCCAGCCUUGGCAGCGAUGCCUGCAGCUGGCGCUCCUGGCCAAGUGGAGCAGAUCCAGCUGAGCCGAGGCGUUCGCUACGUCUGGCAGAUAAACCAAAUUUAAGUCUUAACGAAAUUGGCAAUCCAAGUCAGAGGGAGACAAGCGACGCAAUCAAAUGGCCACAGCAGCUGUCUUUACAUGAAGCGGACAAUAAGCUGGGCAGCUCAGCCCAGACUUUUAUCGACGGCUGCCAGUUGCAUGAGUCCCGGCUGGAGUGCAACAUGUGCUGCAAGCAUUUUGGCCAAAACUGUGAGUUGCAACUGCAUUCGCUAGAUGAUUGCCGCAAAUAUUUGCUUGCCACACUGUCCAACUGAGCGCAAAUCAAAGUUUAGCUAAGCAAGCGCCAACAUUUAGUUACAUAAUAAUCCAAGUUCUUGUAACUAAGUAGCAAGUGCAACCAGUUAAUCAAAUAUAAUUCGACUCGGACGUGGCAACAUCUUGACUUGCCUCGCCUUGUUGGCACAUUUAAUAUUUAUUGUUAAAGGAUUUACACAGAUUUACACAGAAUUUGCUUGACUAAUUUAAAUACAAAUGACUAGUUGUGCAAGCCAGAAGUGUGUUAAUUGAGCGUGCUCGACUGAGAAGUACCCUGUAUGCAUAAACUCUGGAAUGAUUUGUGAAGUUUAUAUUAUGGCUUUUUAAUUUUUAUUUUUAAC